AUGCCAACAAAAAUUCCUCAAGAAGAAGAACAACAACAAUUAAAACAACUUGAACUUGAAAUACAAUAUCAUGAAAGUGUUGAAAAUACAAAUGAUCAAAUAUCAACAAUAAAAAAAUCUUUUAUAUCAACAUAUGAACCAAUAAAAAUUCCUAAAAAACGUGGUCCAAAAAAAAAACAAAUGACACCAUCACGUGUAGCUCGUUUUAAAGUUCGACGUAUAAAAGCAAAUGGUCGUGAACGUGAACGUAUGAAAGAUCUUAAUCAACAAUUAGAACGUUUACGUGAAACUAUACCUUGUUUUUCAUUAUCACAAAAAUUAUCUAAAAUAGAAACAUUACGUUUAGCAAAAAAUUAUAUUGAAGCAUUAACACAAAUGAUAUCAAAUAAUCAAAUAUUAGAUAAUAUACAGUUUGCUGAAUUACUUUGUCAAGGUUUAUCAUCAAAUACAAUAAAUCUUGUUGCUGCAACACUUUCAUUAAAUCCAAGAAUAUUACAACAAGAUACAAAUAAUAAUCAUACAACAUAUUCAACAAAUAUGAUGACAUUAGAUGAUACAUAUAUGUUAUCAUCAAUACAUCCACGUGUAAAUAAUCCAUUAGAAUUUAUUAAUUUAAAAAAAUUAACAGAAACAAAUUUACAAACAAGUGAAAAUGAAGAUGAUAGAAAAUAUAAUCAUUCAAAUAGUUAUGAUUAUGGUUCAUCAUCAUCUUAUUGUGGUGAUAGUAGUAGUAUAGAAGAUAUUAAUUUAACAAAUGAACAACAAUUUAUGUUUACUAAUGAACAUUCAUUUUAUUAUUAUCCUACACAUUAUUAA